GUCACGCGCGCGGCUCGGCGUUCCUCCGCGUCCGCCUGGUUCCCGCGGGGAUCGCCGAAUAAUCGCCACCACGCACCCGCCCCGCCGGGCGGAAGGGUUUUCGUUCACUGCUCCGAUGGCUCUGCCACCUCCAGAUCCACAGUUUGUGCUCAGAGGUACCAGUGCUCCAGUCCACACUCUGCAUUUUUCCUGUGGAGGUCCAGAACCUGAUAUCCCACUUCUUUUCUCUGGGUCUGAGAAUGGGUUUAUCCAUGUCUGGAACCUGAAAACACACAGAGUGGACACAGCAUUGGAUGGCCAUGGAAGAAAAUCUGUCUACUGCGUGGAGACAAUGGGUGGUAAAGACAGACUUCUCAGUCAGGGGCGCGACCAGAGGAUCUGCUUGUGGGAUUUAGCAGAGGGACGGACUUCAGUGACGGAUUCUGUCUUCACGGAGCAUGUGGGAUUCUGCAGAUGCUCUCUGUUAAAGGUGGCGCAGGGACGCUGGCUAAUAGCCAUGGCAGCCAGAAGCCUGGAGGAGGUUCAGAUUUUGGAGCUGCCAUCCAAGACGUCAGUCUGUACCUUGAAACCAGAGGUGGGUGCCAAGCUGGGCAUGCCCAUGUGUCUGAAGUUAUGGCAGCUCAGCUGUGGUUCACAACCUGUGCUUCUGGCUGGCUAUGAAGAUGGAUCAAUUGUCCUAUGGAAUGUGCCAAUGGGAAAAGCAUUGAGCCGACUCAUUUGCCACCAGGAGCCAGUGAUGAGCCUUGACUUUGACUCGGAGAAGGCCAAGGGGAUCUCCGGCUCAUCUGAAAAGGUGCUUAGCAUCUGGAGCCUCAAUGAGCAACAGAACCUCCAGGUUUACAAAACACACGAACUUGUCAAUGCCGGCAUAUCUGAUAUCACCAUCCGUCCAGACAAGAAGAUUUUGGCAACAGCAGGGUGGGACCAUCGCAUCAGGAUCUUUGGGUGGAAAAAGCUGAAGCCCUUAGCAGUGCUGGACUAUCACACAGCAACCGUCCACUGCGUGUCCUUCUCGGAUCACAGCAACCCCCGGGACAGACUGCUGGCAGCUGGCUCCAAAGAUCAGCGCAUCAGUGUCUGGUCCAUAUAUGCUCAGACAUGACACAUCCUGCACUGCCAUGGACUAGGAGAACAGGACUGGUGAAGCAAUUCCAAGCACUGUAAUUCAAAUGUGCAUCUGGGGAAGUGGUAGAAUCUGUCUCCAGGCUGGAGAGUCCUCGGUUAUCUCUUAUGAUGCUUGUUUAAGCUGUAAGUUUUGUCUUCCAUAGAGGAAAGUGGAUUUUUAAAAUUCAUAACAAGCAGAACAAGGCCAGUCACAAAGACCAAAGUUGCCUUGGGUUCUGCUACAGGUUUUGCAACACCUUUCCUUUGGCAGGUUGCUGACAUAACUUGUGCCAAUAUCUUUUGUAAUAAUGGACUGGAAUCCCUGGAACUGCAGUGGGGGCAGAAUAUGUCUGUUUGUAAGUCAUUUAUGUAUUUAAGAAUCUAAAUCAGUGUAAAACAUCACUCUUUCUUGAAAAUUUAUACCCAUUAAACCACCUCCAGUGGUU